UCUCCGGGCAGUGAGGACGUAGGGGUGUUACGCUCCAACCCCUCGACUCUCCCUUUCAUCGCACCGCUAAAACCAGCUCACCAAUCAACUAAAAACCGCCGACCUAUUGCAAAUUUUUCCCGGACGAUACAGAAAAGGUUUUUAAAUUAGUGUUUUGAAAGAGUUUACGUUUUAUAAAGCCCAUUUCGAGGUUGUUGUUUUUUUCUCAGACAAUAUACCUUUUUAACUAACUCACCUAAGUAAUUCAAAGUAACGUCUUGUUUACGAGGCAAUUACACAGACGAAUCAACUUGUUUAUUCUACGAUCCAAUCAUCUAAUUCCUCAACCAAUCGUGAUUCAACUGCCGAGGGUCGUUAUAUAUCUCCUCAACGACCCAAUUCCACUUCGGUAACCACUUCUCCUCCAAUCGUCUUCAAACUGUCGUCAAUUAGCUCCUCUUCAAACUGCUCGGCUGUAUUGCCUCACCCCAACAACACUGAGAGAGUUCAACCACGUCUACAUAAUCAACCAACCAACCAACCAAACCAACCACUCAACCAACCAGCCGACUAAGCAAUAACCAGCCAAUCAACCAAUCAACUAACCAAUCACUCGACUAACCACUAACCAGUCAACCAACCAAACCAACCUGCCGACUAACCACUAACCAACCACUCAACCAACCAACCACUCAACCAACCAAUCAACCAACCACAAGAACCGGUUCGUUUCUCCCCUUUAAACCACAAACCUCUUGGAGUAUUUAUAGAAGUCACACAUAGGAAAACACUAACUCCACUUAACAUGCUAAUAUCACUGUACUUAUUUUCUUAACAAAUUCCUACAUAAGUAUAAAGUUUCCUUAUUUCCUCUGUUUGUUUUUAUUACCGGGAAACUUAUUUAAAAAAUUUUUCCCUUCUUUCCCUUCUAGAUGUGAGAAAAAUUGUGGUUAAGAGUUGUAGAAAUUGUGGUUAAGAGUUGUAGAAAUUGUGGUUAAAACCGAUGACAAAAAAUAAUGUCAAAAACUCAUGGUAGUGUGUAAACCAAAAACAGUGUUGCCACAUCAUCCCAUUACAAGAGACCCCGAAAAAUAUUGCCAGAAAAGUCAAACUCUUAAAAAAAAAAAAAAACUAUAAACUCUGAGGGAUUUUCGUGUUACAGUUGAGGAAAAGUUUGAGGUGAAUGAGCGUGACCAGAGUGUACCGCUCACACCAUUAUCAACUUGUUUAUUUGUUGACCUCAAACUCCGUCGUGGGUGAAGUGAGUACGUCAGUGAAUCUUUAUAUAGAAAAAACAAAAACUAUAAAUCUCAAAUCAUCUGGGAAAAUUUUAAUUGACUCAAAAAAAAGGACAAAAAAAAACAAGAAUCUUAGUUAAUUGACAUAGAUUUUUACAUCUUCUCCGUCACGGGUGAAGUAAUUAAGUCAAUAACUCUAUGUAAAAAUAUGUAAAUUAACCCUCAUACAACAUCGGUUUGGAAAUUCUUUGAUCAUAAACUCUGGGAAAAAAAAAGUGAACUUGGGAAAAAAUUAAUAAAAUUGAGACAACUCCUUCACGGAUGACAUCAAUAAAUAAACAAAACUCUACAGAAGAACGAUAAAUAUAUAAAUUAAUUCCUACAAAACUACAAAACUGUGGAAACUUUCGUCUUUAGGAGAGAAUCCCAGGCUCUUCUUGUCCACUCACACACACACACUGGGUCACCACCUUCCUCCACCACAUCAAGUUGGUGAAGUGACCGUUUGAGUGUUAGUGGAUGUAAACAAACCUCUGGCCUCUCCCUGGAUCCCACCUGGCGACCUCUACCUGGGUCACACCUGGCGGCCUCUCCCUGGGUCACACCUGGCGGCCUCUCCCUGGGUCACACCUGGCGGCCUCUCCCUGGGUCACACCUGGCGGCCUCUCCCUGGGUCACACCUGGCGGCCUCUCCCUGGGUCACACCUGGCGGCCUGGACCUCUCGAACACAGGUGUAUCAGACCGGCUGGCUCUAUCGUCUUAGUCAAAAGAAACGUCCUCUCGAGCUAUACCAGUUAGUUCACAGUUAACUCCGAGCACCAGUUCACAAUUAACUCCGGGCACCAAUUCACAGCUAACUCGCCUCCACAGUGAACUCGCCUCCACAGCUAACUUGGCUUCACAGCUAACGCGGCUUCACAGCGAACGCGGGAACCUGUAUCCAAACUUGCUACACAAAGUUGGUGUUUCGUCGUCGUGAACUGCCCAUGUGACAGUGAAGGUGACCCGGACAUUACCUGAGGCUUCACACACACACACACACACACACACACACACACACACACACACACACACACACACACACACACACACACACACACACACAGUUUAUUAACCUCAUGUGACCUUACAGUGGAAAAAUCAUUUGAUCGCAAAACUCACUUGUCGACCAUAAGUCUCAAGCUGUUAGAAAGCUUUAUAAGGCUCAUAUCCUCGAGUCCUAGCUUGUUAGAAAACGUUUAAGCUUGAUACUGUAAGUCACAACCUCUUAAAAAAGACACUUGUGAACUCGAGACCUUAAAUCAGAGUCUAGUAGUGAACAUUGUGUUGCUCUGUGUCGCUGACUUAUACAUAACGUUGUACACUUGAUACCAUAACUGAGUCUACUAGAAAGGGGAUAAACUUGACGCCCACAACUGAACCAUCAUUAGAAAACUCUUAAUACACGAUAAUAUAUAAGGUGUUAUUGUUAUCAUAUUUCUGGUGUAACUUGUUCAGGUAUACUGCUAAGCCACCGCCUCUUAGAAAACUUGGGUAUCUAAUAUCCUGGUCUCUAACUAUUCUACGGGUUACGUUGUUGAUCUGCCAGGUCACUAGUCAGUAAGGACCUGUAAAGACCUGUGUUUAGUGUCCCUUUUAUCCCUCUGGACCUGAAACACCCGAUAAUCAUGACCCGUUUACGGGGUGAGAUGGACCAUCCUCAGAGGUGAGCUGGGAGAGGGACCAUGUGAUCGAGUCUAAGGGUGAUGGCGUGCCCCUUCAACGCCGCCCGCGUCCCUGGUAUGGGCGCGGGCGUGGAAGACGGCGGCAGAAGUGUUGGGCGUCCUGGUGGGGCCUCAGAAGGGCGUGGGUGGGAGAGAGGUACGUCCAUAGAGGCCAGCAGCAGAGGAGGGAGUCCUAAUAGAGAGAUGGGGUCGACGGUGCAGGAGAGAGUCAGCUCCUACACCAGGAUGACAAGGUCCCCCUCGGCGCCUGUCACUGUCGCAAGGAAGACCUCGGUGGGGUGGUCGAGGCGUCGGGAGGGUGGUCCUGGGGGGUUCAGGUCACGACCCCAGGAUGAUGAUGACUCCAAACCCCUCCUGACCCCAGCCAGAGACCCCCCUGACCCCAACCAGCCUCUCAGUCUACAGAACCUUACAGAGGCUGUCUGGACCUUCAUCACUAUCCCUGCUGACAACCUCCUGCUCGCCCUCGACAUGCUGCUGAGGACAGGUGACCUUGAGUGGAAGGCUCUCAGAAGGAAGCUGAGCAUUGUAGCAGAGAGCGUGAGGGAGUGGGAUGACUGGCACCUGGAUGACCUCCUCUCCACGCUUAUUACGCAGUUGGAAGUGUCGCCGGAGGACUUUAUGCGUCGCCUGGGCCGGGAGUACGUGAAGGAGUGUCGCCGGCAGCACGGGAAAGCUCUGGAGAGCCUCGGCUACAACCUGGAUGGUUUCCUCACCAACCUGACGGGAAUCUGCGACAUCAUCAAGACCAACUCUAACCUGAAGACGAAGAACGACGUGCCCAACCUCGUCUGCAACCGUCAGGAGGAGAGGGUCGUCCUGCACUUCUUCACCAACAGGGAACCCAUCAGGUACUUCGUCGGGGGAGUGAUCGAGGGCGUGAGUCUCCAGGUGUUCUGCAGGAGGGUGACCGUCGCCUGUGAUAAGUGCGACACACCUAACGGCAACAGAUCCAACCACAGAUUCUACUUCAAGUACACCAUUGUGGAUGAGUGUGUGGAGCCGGCCAUCCAGCGGCUCUUCACACAACGGGAGGAGAGACCAACCGCGGGCCAUGGCUCUUACGUCUCCUCCUCCAGCGUUAAAGACUCCAAGAUCGGUGUCAACAGCUUCUGCAAGGCGUUCCCAUGGCACUUUGUGUGUAACAAGGCCAUGAGAAUAACACAGAUGGGAUCAGGACUUCUGCAGGUGUUCGGCCAGCAGCCCCUCCGUCAGGGUGAGGAGGUCUCCACGUACUUGUCCCCUGAAGGCACUACUCUCACCUAUGAUCAAGUCAUCACCCGGAUCAACACAGCCUACGUCCUGGCCAUCAAGAGCCAGCCAUGUUCCCGCUCGAAGAUGAAGAACAUGGAGCUAAAGGGGCAGAUGGUGGUUUGCCCUGAGAGUGACUCCCUGCUCUUCGUCGGGUCGCCUCUGAUAGAUGGCCUCACAGCCCUCACCUCUCGGGGACUCUACCUCUCCGAUAUCCCCAUCCACGACGCCACCAGGGACGUUAUCCUGGUGGGGGAGCAGUCUAGGGCCCAGGAUGGUCUCAAGAGGAGGAUGGCCCAACUGAAGGAUUCAAUCGAGGACACGAACAACGCCGUGGACAAGGAGAGAGAGAAGAACGUCUCUCUCCUUCACCUCAUCUUCCCUCCUGACAUAGCCAAGAGACUUUGGCUAGGUGAGGUGAUCCAGGCCCAGAAACACGACGAGGUGACCAUGUUAUUCAGCGACAAGGGCUUCACCUCCAUCUGCAGCACCGCCACCCCCCUCAUGGUCAUCAACAUGCUACAGAACCUCUACACACAGUUUGAUGCUUACUGUGGCCAUCUGGAUGUUUACAAGGUAGAGACCAUUGGUGACGCGUACUGUGUGGCCGGGAACCUGCACCGUCGAGGUAAGUGGCACGCCCAUCAGGUGGCCUUGGCGCUCAAGAUGAUGUGUUCCUGCACCACCCACACCACCCACGACGGCCAGCCUACAGGUAUGCGUAUCGGCUUGCACACUGGACCGGUACUGGCUGGGGUGGUGGGGACAGUGAUGCCUCGGUAUUGUAUGUUCGGCUCCAACGUCACUGUCGCCAACCAGUUCGAAUCCACCUCAGAGCCGCUCAGAAUUAACAUCAGCCCCACCACGCACAGACUGCUGACCUCAGGCCCUGGGGAGUGGUCAUUCACGCAACGAGAGAGGACCUGCCUGCCGAAGACCUUCCCACCAGAUGAGCCAGGGUGCCCACACUUCCUGGACAGCUAUCACCACCCUGGGAUGAGUCCGCGGGUGCCCCUGGGUGAACAUAUCGAGAAGAGCCUGAGGAGGAUGGAACUGAACCCAUCCUGAGCAGACCACACGUUAGGUCAAAGGUCAUUUGGGGGGAACAUUAUUUUGAGGGUUCGGAUGUAAGGGCGAGUUUUCUGUGAGAGGGUUCAACGGAUAGUGAGUAAGGGUGGUUAUUGACCUCAUGUAGUGAUGGUGGUGGUGGAGGUGGUGAUGGUGGUGGUGGUGGUGGUGAUGAUGAUUAUACUGAUGGUGAUGCUUAUUAUAAUGAUGAUGAUGAUGAUGAUGAUGGUAAAGGUGAACGAAAAUGAUGUUGAUAAUGAUUGUGAUUAUUAUGGUGAUUAAAAUGAGUAAUAAUAAUGAUGAUGGUGGUGAUGAUGAUAAUGGUGAUGGUGUUGAUGAUGGUGAUGACAAUGAUGAUAAUGGCUAAAAUUAAUAAUAAUGACAAUGUCGAUGAUAAUGCCAAUGAUAAUGAUAAUGAGGACCGUGAUGAUAAUAAUGACAAUGAUGAAUAUAAUGGUAAAUAAGUGUAGACAACCACAUAAGCAACCCACGUGUUGGUGGUGUUAGUGGUGGUGAUGGUGGUAGUGGUGGUGAUGGUGGUAGUGGUGGUGAUGGUGGUAGUGGUG